CGCACUUCAAUGCCAACUUUCUCAGAGCGCACAGGCGCAAUGAUCACUGCCAAACACAGCUGAGUGGAAGUGAGGAGACUUCACGCUGCAUUCAGUUUCUGAGCAUACACUUUUUUCUAACCUAAAAGAACAGAAAUUAGAAGGUUUGUCGGUUGUUACGCACAGCGCCAGGGCUUCUAGUGACUUGCGUUAACUUUGUCAGAAAACGGAUUCAGUUAUAAUCUCAAAGAGUUUGGCUGUUUUCUGGCGGACUUGUCAGAAUAAUGUGGGGCUUCCAGAGGACGCGGUAUGCAGACUGCAACGGUUCUGAGGCCAGUGAAGAGACUGAGAUUGUGGUGAAUAUCGGCGGAGUGAAACAGGUGUUGUAUGGAGACGUGUUGACUCGCUUCCCGGAGACUCGACUGGCAGAGCUGGUGGACAGUUCACUCAAAUCUUCUGAAGAAAUCUCGUUAAUAUGUGACGAUUACGACGCGGACACGGGAGAAUUUUACUUUGACAGAGACCCCGAAGCUUUUAAGUGCAUAAUUGAGUUGUAUUAUUAUGGGGAGAUACACAUGAAACGAGGCAUAUGUCCAAUUUGCUUCAUGAAGGAGAUGGAGUUCUGGAAAAUUGACUCGGAUUUUCUGGAUGAAUGUUGCAAAAGCCACCUGAAAGAGGUAGAGGAUGAACUUGCAGAGAUAGCCGAGAAAGUGAGAACUAUCCUUGUCGACAGAGAAGGCGAUCCGUCUGCAGGGGGCUGGCAGCGCUUCCAGAUAUGCCUCUGGCGGUUGAUGGAAAAGCCAGAAUCGUCCCUGCCUGCCCACAUAAUCGCUAUAGUUUCUUUCAUCUUCAUCCUCAUCUCCUCCGUGGUGAUGUGCGUCGGCACCAUCCCCGACCUGCAGGUGGAGGACUCGGAGGGUAAACUCACGGAGCAUCCGGUCCUGGAGGUCAUCGAGACCGUGUGCAUUGGCUGGUUUACUAUUGAAUACCUCCUGCGUCUGAUCUCUUCCCCAAAUAAAAUAAAAUUCGUACUGUCCUUCAUGAAUAUAAUCGACUUCAUGGCGAUCAUGCCCUUUUAUGUGGUGCUGAUUCUGACCUCCUUCGGCGCGGGAGUGAUGGAGCUGGCUAAUGUGCAGCAAGCAGUGCAGGCUUUACGCAUAAUGCGCAUUGCGCGCAUUUUCAAGCUGGCUCGCCAUUCCUCGGGACUCCAGACUCUGACAUCUGCCCUAAAGAGCAGCCUGAAGGAGCUCGGACUGCUCCUCAUGUACAUGGGCGUGGGGGUAUUCCUUUUCUCGGCUUUGGGCUACACUAUGGAGCAGAAUCACCCGGACACCUUAUUCACCAGCAUCCCACAGUCUUUUUGGUGGGCUGUGAUCACCAUGACCACAGUGGGGUAUGGAGAUGUCUACCCUAAGACCACUUUAGGUCGGUGUAACGCGGCUAUCAGCUUUCUCUGUGGGGUCAUCGCCAUAGCCCUGCCUAUACAUCCCAUCAUCAACAAUUUUGUCUUGUUCUACAACAAGCAACAGGUGCUGGAGACUGCGGCCAAACAUGAGAUUGAACUGAUGGCACUGCGCACCGGCGGCGAGCUCAAGGCUGCAUCUGGCUCCCAUAAACAUAUUUGCGGUGCAGGGGCCUGGGACAACGACAUGCGUUCCGGUCACAGCGAUACAUUCAUUCCCUUACUGAAGGAUCCCAGGGGAGGGGCGGGCAUCCAGACCCCUAGCAUGGACACAAGCUUUGAAAGCACAGCCGAGGCCACUGAACAUUUUAUCUCAUGAAAGGGAAACCCCCCUUACAUUAAAAAGUCAGCAAAAGAAGAAACAUCAUGAAAUUAAUUAUUCAGUUUUGAAUUAUUCAAACGUAACUUGACAAAUUUGGUUUAAUGACACCGCCGUGACUGCAGAAUGUAAAUAGUCUCGUGGACAGAAGAAGGCUUUAAUGCUUUCCAGGGACCUUUAAAUGCAUUUGAGGAUUUGCGCCUGUUAAACAGACAUAUGUGUGAGAUAUUGAAUUGAUGAGCUGUGCCUUUGCGCAGUGACUCGCUGUAGGCUGAGGGGUUCUGUUCAAACAGCCAAUACACCGAUUCCCCCAUGUAGACAUCUUAUGUAACACGCCCAUAGUCCUCACACUUAUACUGUAGACCGCAUUGUAGCGUAGUCCUCUGUACAGAAAUAUAUACAUCACAGUAAAUGCUUUUAGUAACGCAGACAAGCAGCUUUAGUCAAGAGCACAGAUAACUGUAAUGACCCCAGGAUUGAUUUGUGAGAGUGUAUAGACAUCAAAACAGAGCUGAAGAAAAGCUGAAGGUGUUUGGAUACAGACCACAUGCCAUACAUUCAAAUGAGGUAGGUGACUGUAUCACUGCAACGUGUUGCAACCAAAGGUGUAUGAUGGGGACACAAAGCAACAUAAGGCUGGGGGUGGGUUUAUUUUUGCUGCUGCCUGUAAUCGUCAUGGCAUCAUUGUAAUUUUUUUUGUAACUGACACUAUAUGAUUGUGAGGUAAUGCAUCAAACAUAAAGCCCGUCUACUGUGCAGGAAUUUUUAAUGCAGCGUCUGUGUCAUUGGACUGAAUUUCUCGUUAAGCUCGUGUUGCCGACAUCGGAACUUCAGAGGCUUCCUUGCCUGCAAGACAUGUUCCUGUAAAUGGGUUUACAUUUUUACAGCAGUCGUCACCAUCUCUGCAGAGGUUCCGAGGAAUAAACUUGACCAGCGAGUUGUAGAUGAGGGAAAGAAGCAACAGGCAAAACAAAAACGCUCGUGUAUAACACUAUACAUUCGUUUUUCAGCGUUCGGGGAAAUACAAUACAGAAAAAUACAUAAAAAGAAUAAAUAAAUAAAUAAUAGAACUGUCUGGAAAGCAGGUAAUGGAUUUUAAAGAAACUUGAAACCACCGUGUAUUUUCGCACUGCCUCAUAUGUUCCAGAGUGAACUCUUAAAUUGCCCUAAUGGGGGCUAUUUUUAAAGGUUACAUUUUCACGGUUUGAAAGGUGUCAGCUCCUACGCCAUUAGUCUGAGUGACAUGAAAUUUGCUGCACAAAUAAACCAGUCCUUAGAAAAAUUAGGCGGCACAGUAGGGGAGCUAUAAUUAAAAUCUGGCACGUUUCAUUCAGAUGUCAUGUCUAAUGUGGCUUUUAAACUUUUAAAUCAUUGCUCUCAGUUGAAAGCCCCUAAAGUUCUAUAAGGUGACUUUUUUUAUUGCAAUUUUCUUGUGAGGUGGGUUAUUAUCUGAAUGAUUUAUGAUACAUUUUGUCUUGAUAUUUGAUUAUAUCUGUCCAGAACAACUUUAGAUACAUAGAGUAACCCCUGAUUGCAGAGAACUCAGCUGGUUAUGUGUUAGUGUCUCUCUGGAUUGUCAUAACACAAAAUUUGUGCUGCUUUUACAAACAGCGAUCAUUAAUCCAUACUAAAAGACUGUAUGAAGGACUAAAGCUCAUAGUCUGCAUAGUGGAUGUGAAAGAUAAUCCCAUGUCUAUGGGUAAGAGCAAGAAUGUCAGUCUAUGACCUUCCAAGGUAACUAAACUAAAAUUCACAGCAGAAUCCUUUUCAAUAUAUAGCAGCUGUUUGCACCUGAUAGGGAUUUAUAGUAAAUCAUACGGCAGGAAAAAUAAAACUUGAACAGCUUAGUUUUAGGCAUUAUAAGGUGACUGUGUGCAUCUUCAGUAAUUAAUGAAUCAUGCCUAUUUAUACAUUAACAACAUAAUUAAUUGUGCCUACAGUUUUAGGAGCUACUGUAGGAGCACCCCUAAUUAGGAAUCACUGGAUAGUUCCUGUAGCCUUAACUUAACUUUUCAGCCUCAAAAAAUGUAUUAUGGUAAAUGGUCUGUAUUUGUAUAGCGCUUUACUAGUCCCAA